CACCCUUCCUAAUUCGCCGUAAUGAGAUCAGAAUUUCAGUAACGUCCCUGCAUUCCCAUUCUUAAAACACUCUCGAUUAGAUUGAGCUGAGCCACACCUUAAAUCGCCCGGAUUUUGGGGAACCUAACUUGAGCCGAUCUCAGCUUCUAAAGUCUUUGUCCCUUUUCUUGGGAGUCAUGGCAGGUAGGGAAGAACAGCCAGGACCAAGUGCUUUCCCUGCUCCGGUUGCCGAGGGCAGCGGGAAUCUCAAGACCCGGCCCCCUCCCCCAUUUCCCCUUAAAGUCUCGGAAGCUUUUGCUGCGUCUCCCGGCGGUACGUCCCCCGUGGUGGCAGGUUUGCUAUCCUAUUUUUAUUUAUUUAUUUCAUUUUUUUCUGUCAGUUGACUAAGGGAGAUCUAUUUCUUCCCCCAUGAGUCCGAUUUCUUUCCGCACAUGACAAACGCUUAGAGGCCUAGCGCGGGCAAGCAGGCCCCGGAGCUCCGCCCGUUCCGGGGCUGGCCCUCCGGACACCCGGCGCCCCACUCCCGGCUCCGGCAAUGCAGAGGCCCUUAGCGCCCGGCUCUCUGUGCGUCGUGCCGGCUCCGGCCUCGGGGCAGGAGCCGCCCCGCUACCUGUGCUACUGCGAGGGCCCCGAUGCGCAGGGCCCGGACGCAGACCUCGGCGAGACUUCCACUUUCAACCUCUAUGUGACUGAUGCCCUGGAGCUCUGGAACACCGGCUUCACCCCGGAGAGCCUGGAGAAACACAAAGCCCAGCAUGAUCUGGACGGGGCUGAGGACUAUUCAGCUUGGUUCAGGGUUGCCCGUGACCAGCACACAGUGUCUUUGACCCUGAAGGAUGACGGCAGCGCUUCCCUGACUCUCUCCAGGGAAGAGAAAGCCCUGACUUUUGAGCUUGCUAAGGUGCCCCGCUCUGAAGCAGCUCCCUGGCUCCAGGCGUUGAUGCUGGGGCUGGCAGAGCAAGCGUGCAGGCUGGAGAGGCAGCUGGCAGCUUUGAAGGAUGAGAUGCCCAGCCCCAGAAAGAAGCCCCAGACAGGAAGGCAGCAGGUGUUUUUGCCAGAUCCAGAUUUUCGAAGAGGUGCCCAGGGCCCCGCAACCAGGAAAUGGAUGCCAGGAGAGUCACUCAUUAAUCCUGGCUUCAAGAGUAAGAAGCCAGCCAGUGGAGUGAACUUCGAUGACGCCUGAGACAUCAGACUCCUGCAUGAGCUUCUUGCCUCUUGGGGCCGGGGACCUCAGGCUCCAGGGAAGCCAGUGAGCCUCGGAGGCCAGCGUGAAGGAGAAGGGGGAAGGGCCAAGCUGGCCCUGUCCAGAGAAACGAGUGAUUCAUCAAGUCUGUGACAGCUGUUCCCAGAUCAGCUGCUCUUCUUGAGCAAAGCAAAAUAAAUCCACAGAUAUUUAUUGUC